AUGCUCACACUUGGGCCGGCGUGCAAGAGCUCCGUGCGUCUGACGUCGACGUUCGCGCUGCGUGGGCCAAGACGUCCCGUCCCAACGCCCAUUGUGCCUCCGGCCAACUGGCGCCGUGCAACCGCUGUCAAGGCCCCUCGUCUCCCAACGGUUGCCAGCCGUCACAGUCGCAGCACUCGCUCGUCGCUCGGAAAAGGGGCCCAGCGCCAGGAGCCAGCAGCCAGCAGCCAGCAGAGGGCCCUGGAUAUUGAUUCCCGUCCUGCCCUUGCUUGCUUACCCACCGCGGACACUGCGGACCUUCAUAACCGCCGCGCCGCCGCCACUUAUCAUGCCAGUCGCUUGCUUGUACACCGUCGACACCGACACCGACGCUGGCACAGGCAUGCGCACUGCACUGCGCUGCGCUGCACUGCACUCACAGCACCACGACGCACGGCUCCCAUGGCUUCCCGCAGCCGAGCCGCGCCUGCAUCUGCAAAAUCAUACCAGAACCACGACUGCGGCGGUCGGGGCCCCUGGUGCCAGCACACACUCGCUCUCGACAAUACUUACUUUCCGCCUGCCACUUACUCGACCUUGGGACUCCCGCCGCUGAUAAGCUGCAGCGAUCGGCCUGCCGUGCCCCAGCAUGUGCCUUUUUGCCAUGGCCCAUGUUGCCAAGCCCUGCCGCAACCCUCGCCUCAACCAUCCACUGCUUGCCACUUACUCUACCUCUGCUCUGCUGCAUGUGCCUCCGACCCUCUGCCUCGCCCGUGUGCCUCUGUGGUGCGCAAUGUCGCCUACACGCCCAUCGCCUCCAGGCCUUGCACCAAGGCCCACUCCACUGCCGUCAUCGACAUCUCGCUUGAGGAGGGAGGGGUGCUGGUGCUGGUGCUGGUGCUGGUGCUGGUGCUUGUCCUUGUGGCUAGACCGAGUCUGGCCGCCCCACUGCCCGAUCCAGCUCGACUAGUAGAGUACGCACAGCAGCAGCAACAACAACAACAACAACAACAACAACAUCGCCUGCUCUGA